GCUCGCUCUGUCGUUUCUUUUAACCACUUGACGCCCUCCUCUUUCUCCCUCGCGAUUUUCAUUCCUCCUCCUCCAUCCAACACACCACAACGACGCACAACGCCUCCUUUGUUGCGCUUCACCACACUCUUUUCUACAACUCUUGCGCAGAUAUCCCAAUCUCGCAGCCAUUCCUUUGGACCGCGGUCCCACGCUACACCAACACUCCUUGGAUUGAUUGCACAACAUAGACCACGUCGGCCACCUCAUCUCAAUCGACUACUAUAGACUAGACAUACAUCAAGCCAGCUUUCAGCGUCUUUUCGAGAUACCCAGCAUCCUUUGCGCCAUCUAUCCAUUCCAACUAGACAAACAUCUAUUCAAACCGACAAGAUGCAGAUCACCAGCCUCCUCGUCCUUGCCGGCGUCCUCGGCGCCUCGGCCAUGCCUUCUGGCCACGCCCACCUCCACCGCGCCGCCCACCAGCAGCGCGACCUCAAGUUCUACAAGGCCGAAAAGCACCUACCCAUCCCCAUCCCUGCCGCCACCCCCUCCUCCUCCUCCGUCGCCCUUCCUUCCAGCACCACCGUUCCUGAGCCUGCCCAGUCCUCUGCGGCUGCUGCGACCGGGGACGACUCUUCUUCCGAUGACGAGUACAUUCCCUUCUGCGGCGAGAACAAGAACACCAAGCGCGUCACCUACGCUCAGAUCAUGUACACUGGCAACACUGGCGACGCUGACGGCUGCGAGUGGAACUCCAACUUGAUGACCGUCCCCAAGAAUAUUGCCGACAAGUACCACAACCGCAUGUACUACACCAACGUUGCCGACGUGCCCUACCAGGUUGUUUGCGGCAACAAGAUGGGUUCCAACCACGGCCUCAACGGCAUGUUCAAGGUCGCUUCCAACAAGCAGCUCGUCUUCACCCUCCAGCCUGGCGAGACCCAGCUCGUCGUCGCCGCCGCCAACACCCAGGGUGUCUGCGCUUUCUCUGCCGAGGAGGUUCCCACCACCACGAACGGCCAGUUUGCCGGUAACUGGGCCGAGUUCGACUUUGAGAACAGCAGCAACGGUGGCUGGUCUGGUGCCGACUGCUCUUCUCUCGUUGCCCAGGCUGCCGGUAUGGACGUUCCCGGCUGCCAGAUUUGCGGCCACGACACCUGCUCCACCAUUCUCCCCGGUGGCUUUGGUACCAACGCCUACACCAAGGGUAUGGAGGCUGAGGACGGUGUUGGCCUCAACAUCGCGAGCGGCCAGCAGGUCACCCUCAACAUCAAGGUCGGCUACAGCGGCAAGGACUAAACAUUUCGUUCCCGAAAUAUAAACCUUGUCUCCGAUUCAUGACGAUGAUCGAUGGUGCCUUGUAGGCAGCCUGAUUUAUGGUGGUUCAAUGUGGUCCUUCCUAUCUUGCUUUCUUGUUAUAUACUUCAUGAAGGGGCGGCGUGGUGUGCUUGGAAAAUUGGUGCUCCCCGGCGAGGGUACGGGCUACGUUAUCUAGGCAUUUGUUAAUUCAAUACCACUUUUGAUGACUCGAA